AAAAAAGCUUAGUACCAAACAGUAUUGAUGAGGAACAACAAAAAAAACGAUUGACAAUUUGAGGUAAUUUUUUCUUCCACAGAGACAAAUUGAUGAACCAAUUUGAUCAGAAUGAAUUAGAAGUAGCCAUUGUUUACAAGAUGGCGCAAAUCGAAUUUCACAGAAUGAGAACAAGUGGCGACACCAAGGAAAAGGUUAAUCUUUUUUGGAGUUGAACAAGAUUUUCAUGUUUACUGUUGAUUGUGAUUGUUGAUAAUUUGUUAAAUCUUAUGUGUUAUUUUCUGGAUUUUCAUUAGUGUGUUUAAGUUUAUUCCAAAUUGUUCUCUUUUAUUCUGUACAUAAUUAAAAUUCUAUUAAGUAUCUAAAUUUAUAUAUUUGGAUCUUAUGGACACGUUGGGUUUACAAGAAUUUAUGGCUGGAAUAUCAGCUAAUACUGUGAGUCAAUCUUUUGACAAUAUAAUAGAACAAAAGUAUCAACAACCUCAUCAUAAUCAUCAUCACCAUCAUUUACAUCAAAACCAUCACCAGCAACAUCAACAUCAUCAAACUCACCACCACCAUCAGCAGCAGCAGCAACAACAACAACAACAACAACAACUCCAUCAACAUCAUCACCAUCAACAACAAUCAAAUCCAUCAAAUCAACAAUCUCAAAAUAAUCUUUUCUCUCUGUUUGAUUUUCCCUAUUCACCUGAAUCCGAUAAAUUGGCCUAUAGCGGCGGUAAUAAUUUGGAUAAUGGGGGUAUGGAUACACCAAAGUGUAACGAUAACGAUAUGUCAAGUCUUUCAGGUGAAUUAAUAAAUUCAGAUGAUGGUUUAAAUAUCGCUGCUGAAGGAGGUUCAAUUUCCUUCAAUAGAGAUGGUUCAAAAGGUUCAAAGAAAAGUCUUGAUAAAGGUUCUGAUGAGUACAAAAAACGUCGAGAAAGAAACAAUGUUGCCGUUCGAAAAAGCCGGGAAAAAGCUAAGCAACGAUCCAAGGAUACAGAGAAAAAAGUGUCCGAACUAUUGAAUGAGAACGAUAAUUUAAAACGAACUGUAAGUGAUUUAAAUGGUAAAAUGUUGGUCCUAAGACGAUUAUUAGAUGAUGUAGGAGUUACACCGAGUUACAUUGAUGAUGAAUUAAAUCGCUCAUUCACUGAAUCCCAUCGUUCCAAAGGAGGUAGUGGUGAUUAUUAAACAAAAUGUCCCUGAUUCAAAAACAAAACAAAACAAAACAAAAGGGUUACCCUACCUGAGAUAACCUAUCACACAUAAAUAAAUACAAUAAUUAUAUAUGUUUUACAACAAAUUAACACACACCUUAAACAAAGAAGCUCCAUUGAUAGUUGAUUAUCUACCACCAAAGGAAAGAUAUAAAAAAUUCAGUGUUCAACUCAAGACAUGGGAAGGAUAAUCCAUAACCAAUGAUACUUUCACCAACCAAACAACAACAUCUUCAAGCAUUUUCAUCAACCACAAUCUCUUCAACAACCAUCGGUGAUUAAACUACCAUCGGAAGUGUCAAUCAAACUACUUGACAAUCAGUCGAUCCUUUUUCCUCCCUUACCCUCUCUCUCUCUCUCUCUCUCUCUCUCUUCUUUUCUUCUAAAGUAAAUCAAUUGUCACGAGGAGAAAAAAAGGAAGUUAGAAAAAAGAAAAGAUCGCAAAAUGAUAUUCAGUGAGAUAAAUCAAAUUAAUAACAACAAGUUCUCGAGUUGAUUAGUUGAUUUAUCGUGAAUACGAAAUAGAAAAACAAAAUUCGCAACGAAAAAAACAACUCAACAUUCAUUUGAAUAGAAAGUAAAGUUUUUCCUUAUUUUCUAUCUGCGCAUCGCUCACAUAGGAUUCUCUUUUUUUUUCGUUGGACGAUAAAACGGAGAGAGUGAGCGAAAAGAAAAAAAAGUUUCAUUUUUUUUCUCAUUCUCUCCAUGUAACAUAACUUACAGGGUGUUUUAAGAAAAAAAAAGAAGGUGGUUCAUAAGGUUGGAUCAAAAUAGUCAAAACAAUUAGCGGUGUUUUUUAAAACUCUCUGUCAAAUUAACCAGAUAGAAAAUUGAUAAAUUUGGUUAACUGCGCAAAGGAAAAUCGCUAUCUCACCCCUUUAUCCAUCAUUCUAUCUUAACACACCCUGUAUAUUAUUUUCUCUCAUUUUCUUGUCCUUGUCAUCAUCAUCAUCUCUCUCUCUCUCUCUUUCACUGUUGUUGUUGUUGCUGUUGUUAUAACUACUACUAUUAUAAUUAUCAUUAUUACAUGGGAAAAGCAAUGUUUCAAUAUCAGGAAAAAAAAAGAUGCAAAAGUUAAACUAAUUGUUAUUUUUUAUUACACAUUCGAAAAAAAUUAGUUAACUUUUAAUGGGUUAAGAGUAAUUUCAUCGUCAUCAUCAUCUUCUCCUCUCCAUCAAACAAGAUCAUCAUUAACCGACAUCAACAUGUUUCCAAUAAUAAUAAUUAAUAACAAUAAUUCAGAAACGAUUCUGAUUACUCUUAAAACCAUUACCUUGAUAUUUAAAGAAAGUGAAAAUGUUGAGAUUGAAAGAGUUAUUACCCUGCAGCUAAAAUGAAUUUUAAAUUAUCUUCAAGGUUUUUCUUUCUUUCUCUCUUUCUAUUAUUUUCCUCUCUCUCUCUCUCUCUCUCUGAUCCCUGUCUAUGUGCAAUAAUCAACAGGAAACCCUAAUUAAACCACUAGUUGUUAUCAAAGCGAUUCAUCAACAAUCAUCAUCUUCAUGAUCACAAUUAUCAAGAAAGAAAAAGACAAGAGGUUGACCUUUUCUCGUUCUCUUCCUUUUUUUCUUCUCUUUCUUUUCUUUCUUUUUGUUCAAUUAUUCUUUCAUUUUCUUGUUUCCGUUUCAUCUUCUCUUUCCUCCUCAAAUCAAUCCAAUGAUCAACCAACAAUCACAACCACAACUUGAUCAACCAACACCACUACUGUUACCAAGCGCCAUCAGCACGAUGAUUGUUUCUUGCUGAUCAGAAACACUUUCUCACCGAGAUCAAAACAUUUACACUCACAAACAAAGUUUUAAACAAAAAAAACAAUGAAUCUACAGCAGUUGAUGGAUUAACAUAACAACUUUCCUCAAUUAAUUGCCGGGAUAGAAAGACAGACAAUAAUUAAUAAUAAUAGUAACUAAAUCAUAAAUACAAAUACACCUGAUAAACUCUGAUUAUAUUCAUAUAUUUAUGUUAAAUCAAGAGAAAUCGUUAAUUGUUAAACUUGAUACAUAUAUAUUUGUGUAUAUUACAUGUGAGACUGAUUGAUAAUAAUCAGUCAAUUUAAACUACCAUUGUGGUCCAACUCAAAACAAAUGAUCAACUAUAAUUUAAAUUAAUUUUGCUUAUGAUUGUGAAACAAAACUGUGUCUCUUAAAUGUCACAGUCUCAACCCUUUCCACCUCCACCUUGACCCUUCACCUCCCUUGCUUUUUGCCUUACCUACACAUUUUGGCCUCUCUUUUUCAUUCAGCUCUUUCUCUAUCUCUUUAAAUAUUUCUCUCUCUCUCUCUCACUCACUCUAUUUAAAUGAAUCUUGUUCAAAACUCAAUGUUCAACAAUCUUAACAAUCAAAACACUUACAAAUUGCGAAUACAAAUUACGAAUACAAAUUAGAAAUGCUGAUUAACCUCCACUCCAGAGUUUGUGAAACACAAAACUAAAACCAAAUAUGUUACAAAGAAAUUGAUUGUAAAUAUAAUACCAUUGGCCUGGAAAAUGAAACCAUAACAGAAAAUUCAAAUCAACAAGUAUAUUCGUGUUACAUGUAAUAUGAUUAUGAUAAUUGUUAUAAUUGGAAAAAAAGAAACAAAUUUAAUUGAAACGAAUGUACAAAUAACAUUUUCAGAUUAGAUAAAAAGGCUGAAAGAUGCAAAAAAUA